CUUGUCGUCAGUCUGCUGCUGUUUUUAAUGUUGUCAACUCGAUUAUAGGAUCUGGUAUAAUAGGAUUGCCUUAUUCAAUGAAGCAAGCUGGCUUUCCUCUGGGAAUAUUGCUUUUAUUCUGGGUUUCAUAUGUUACAGACUUUUCCCUUGUUUUAUUGAUAAAAGGAGGGGCCCUCUCUGGGACAGACACUUACCAGUCUUUGGUCAAUAAAGCUUUUGGCUUUCCAGGAUAUCUCCUACUCUCUGUUCUACAAUUUUUGUAUCCUUUCAUAGCUAUGAUAAGUUACAACAUAAUAACUGGAGAUACUUUGAGCAAAGUUUUCCAAAGAAUUCCUGGAGUUGAUCCUGAAAAUUUACUUAUUGGUCACCAUUUCAUUAUUGUGCUUUCCACUGUUGCCUUUACUCUGCCUUUGUCCUUGUAUCGAGAUAUAGCGAAACUUGGAAAGAUCUCUCUUAUUUCUACAGUUUUAACAACUCUGAUUCUUGGAAUUGUAAUGGCAAGGGUAGUUUCAUUGGGUCCACACAUACCCAAAACAGAAGAUGCCUGGAUAUUUGCAAAGCCCAAUGCUAUUCAGGCUGUUGGUGUAAUGUCGUUUGCAUUUAUUUGCCACCAUAACUGCUUCUUAGUUUAUGGUUCUUUGGAAGAACCCACGGUAGCUAAGUGGUCUCACAUCAUCCAUAUGUCCACCUUGAUUUCUGUAUUUAUCAGUAUUCUCUUUGCUACAUGUGGAUACUUGACAUUUACUGGCUACAUCCAAGGAGACUUAUUUGAAAAUUAUUGCAGAAAUGAUGACUUGGUAACAUUUGGAAGGUUUUGUUAUGGAGUCACUGUCAUUUUGACGUACCCGAUUGAAUGCUUUGUGACUAGAGAGGUAAUUGCCAAUGUGUUUUUUGGUGGGACUCUUUCGUCAGUUUUCCACAUUAUCAUAACAGUGGUUAUCAUUACUGUGGCCACACUUGUGUCAUUGCUGAUUGAUUGCCUUGGAAUAGUUUUAGAGCUCAAUGGUGUGCUCUGUGCAGCUCCCCUAAUUUUUAUCAUCCCAUCAGCAUGUUAUCUGAAACUGUCUGAAGAACCGAGGACACACUCAGAUAAGAUUAUGUCCUGUGUCAUGCUUCCCAUUGGUGCUGUGGUGAUGGCUGUUGGAUUUGUCAUGGCCGUCACCAAUCCUCAAGACUGCACCCACGGGCAGGAAAUGUUCUACUGCUUUCCUGACAAUUUCUCCCUCACAAACAUCUCAAUUUCUCAUUUUUAACUGACAACACAACUUUCAAUUUUAAACGUCAGCAUCUUUCAGUGA